ACAGGGAUGUUAAGCACACUGAUUGCAAACACGGAAAUCCAGAGAGUUUUUUUUUUUUUGUAGUUGUUUUGCAUCGUUCUUCUGUCUUUAGUCGUGUUUAAAAGUAGAAAAAAGGCUUAAUAUAAACGCGGAAGGUGAACUGGAUUUUUCCUGCGCUUUAUGGAUUUACUACAGCUGCUGUCAUGGGCCUGCAUUGUGUUCACGGUCGGGAUGUUCUCGACUGGACUAACCGACCUAAAGAAAAUGCGAGAAUCCAAAAGUACAGAAAACAUCCAGUUUCUCCCCUUCCUGACCACGUGUCUAAAUAACAUAGGGUGGUUGUCCUAUGGGAUCCUGAAGUGGGAUAAGACAAUCAUGUCUGUCAACAUCAUUGGAGCUUUUCUGCAGCUCCUCUACAUCAUCAUGUACUUCUUCUACACCAAGCACAAGAGGCUGGUGCUGAUCCAGAUUCUGGCUGCAGGAGCCGUGUUGAUGUGCGGCUGGUUAUACUUCUCUACGUUUCUCACCGAGGAGAGGGCCCGGCUCAGCCAGCUGGGUCUCACCUGCAGCGUCAUCACCAUCAGCAUGUACCUGUCGCCACUCUUUGACCUGGCAGAGAUCAUUCGCAGUGGUAACGUGCAGCGUUUGUCCUUCCCUCUGACUGUCGCCACCUUCUUCACUGCAACCUCCUGGGUGCUGUACGGCCUCCAGCUCAACGACUACUACAUCACGGUUCCGAACACGCCUGGAAUCAUCACCAGCCUCAUCAGGUUUUAUCUGUUCUGGAAAUUUUCAUCCAUUGAUCAGAGUUUGCCCUCUUAUAAGGUCAUGCAGCUCUGAAGGAUAGAAAUGUGUGGAUUUAAAGAAAGAAGAAGGGAAAAUUCAAAUCUGUUUGAGGAAGAUUGUGGGGGGUUUUUUUUUUUGGUUUACGUAAAAGAUUCGUGAAAAUGACUUCACUCAUUUACAAGGACAAUCCUUCGUAUUUAAAUGGAGGUAAGCUGUUAUUUUUCUUCUCUUUGUGUUAAACUCAUUGUUGUUUCUCCGUGUCUUUAAGUGCCUUCGGUCCAAUCGGCUUUGCCUGUUGCAUUCACUGACCCGCUUUCAUGUCAGGAAAUAUCUGCUCCCAGCCCGUGUCUUGCCAUACUAGCCAAAGAUUUAGUGGAGCUCUAACUUAAUGGCUGCUAUUAUGUUUAAAACGAUACAUAUGGUACUCCUUAAUGAGAUGUGGUGUGUUUUGUAUGUAUUGUGAGGAAGUGAUGAUGAUUUCAUCUCUUCAUAUCUUUAUGUAACCGUGGGGAUAAAUUACAUAUCAUAACAGUACUUAUUUUUAAAAUGUUUUCUAAAGACUUUUUGUCUGUACCUUUUCGUACAGAAAUGAGCUCGUGUUCGAGACCAAACAUUUACCUAUUUUUUUUCUUGGUCUAUUUUCUGGAUUUGUAUUUAAAUUUGAAUAAAAAACAAACAAAUAACA